ACAAUUUUUUGGUCUUACUUAUUUGAAAGAGUAGAAAGUCAUAUUUUACAGCAACAUGCACAUCAAGAUCAAUGUUUUCCUAUGUUCAAUAAUAUGUAUCCAACAGACAUUGACAACAUGGUCUGAAAAAUUGUCAGAAGUAUUUGGAGAUGAGACAGCUCCAACUACCGCGCAGGGGUUAUACGAUUUGUAUGCGGCUAUUGUUGAAAAAUAUCCAGAUCAAUCAGUAACACAAGAUUUGACACAACUCUAUUUCGAUUCACUAGGUUAUUCACCAUUAUAUACCGACAUGGUAACUCUAUAUUUAAACGAUCAACCUCAUACUGCAGAAGCAUUUGUCAGUUGUUUGCAGCGAGGUGAGAGUGAGCUAUUUUAUCACACUGAGUUAAAAAAAUGAAGCGAAAAUUUUAUCCCAUCAUUAACAUUCACUUAACCAGUUUUUUUUUAAUCUUUUGUUAAAUAAAAUUUCUUAUUUAAUUAUUAAUAAAAAUAUAAAACUAAAUAAAUUAUCUCCCAUGCCAUAAAAUUGUUACAACCCAAUGUACAACAAAUAUCUUUCGGAAAAACAAAUUAAACUUUUAUUAUGCUAAUACACAAUAAUAUUAUUAUUUUCUUAUAAAUAAGAAUUUUUCUUUACUAUUUAAAACGUACCUUUUUCAAUUUUCUACUAAAAAUCUUAUUUUCGUGUAAUAACCUGGACUCACUUAUCUAAG